AUGCGCGUCUUCAUUCUUCUCUGCCUUUUUGCAGCCAGCUGCUGUGCCGAUAAGCUGGGGUACAACUACCAGCCCGUGGCCCAUGCAGAUGAGGGCCUCUCCUUCCUCCCGGGCAGCGGACAGAUACCCGUCGAGAUCCAGCAGCAGCUGCAGCAGGUGCAGAGCGGAGAGGCAGUGCUCUCACAGCCCAUCGAGGCCCCCAUCAUUCCCCAGGCUGUGCCUCUGGUCGAGGAGUUCCAGAAGGAGUUCUACAGCUACGCGGCGCCCGAGGAGCAGUUCGAUGAGGGUGUAAACAACCAACAGAUCGCCAGUUCGCUGAAGAAGAACUUGCGCGUCGUCUUCAUCCGGACACCCGAAAACCAGGGCUUUGAGCGUGCCGCCCUGCAGUUGGCCAAGCAGUCAGCCCAACAGGAGACUGCCAUCUACGUGCUGAGCAAACAGGCUGACGUUGCCAACCUGGCCAAGCAGCUGAAUGCCCUUAAGGCGACUUCCAGCAACAAGCCCGAGGUGCACUUUGUCAAGUACCGCACUCCCGAGGAUGCUGCCAACGCCCAGCUUGCCAUCCAGAACCAGUACAACCAGCUGCCAGGCGUGUCCCGCAUUUCCAAUGAGGGUCGAGCUCCAGUGUUGAACUUUGCCUCGCCAGCGUCCCAGUCGGUCCCCGCCAGUGUAUCGCGCUCUCCCAGCUCUGAGUACCUGCCCUCCAAUGUGGUGGCUGGCCAGGAUUAUCUGCCACCUACUCUGCGUCGCUUCCGCGUCAAGUAAACACCGAAUACGAAUAGAGGUCAACCACGGUAACGUUUCCUAAACGACCACAUCGAAAAUUACCUCCCCCAUCAUAUUGCAACAAAUUAGCUUUUAAGUAUCCAUACGAGU